ACGUAACCGCGGAGGACGACGUCGCAUUCGGGCUCUCGGAAAAUGUUGCCCGUCCCGUAGCCUCCCGGGAGGCAGCCGAGCGGCGGUUCCUCGUGUGCUAUCGUCUCCUCGUGUGCCACGAAAGGAGACUGAUUCCGUCCGGUAAUUCCGCGAAAUGAGAGCCACGUGGCUCGUCCUGAUUCUCGCGGAGAUCCUGCCGCCGUUGUCCCUCCUGGGGGAGGCGCUGUGUCACCGUAAUGACACCGACUUAAGUGCCGGCACCAACACCGGCCAAAGGUCAAGAGAGACUUCGUCCAGACGCAGACGGGAACUCGCUUUCCCGAAGGGGAGCGCCGUCGUGGUAACUCUGACCCUGCUAAAGUCCAUCCAGAUUACCGAGCCCAGUAACUGGAACCUCGAUCUGGAAUUCGACAUGAUUUGGCCUAUACCCAGUCGGGAGGAUUUGAGAAAAACUGUGCUCGGAAGACCGGCCAAGCUGAAACGACGGCAUCGGCGCGAGCUCUACGCUAAUUUCGAGUCGGCGUUGAACAGUCGAUACUUGCCAGGACGAUUGUGCAUUCUUCGCGCGAUAUGCGAGGCCGAGACGGUGCUGAGUCCUCCGGGGUUCUCGCUGAUCGAAGACGCCAUCCGUGUUAUUUUGAGGAACCUCGAGGAUGCGGACGAUCGUGAUUGCUAUGACGUUGCGUAUCGAACAAGAACCGAUUGCGAGGUCGUCUACCCCUGUCCGUUCUCGCUGUUGAGAUUACUGUUGUACAAUUUGUACACGCAAGAACCAUGACUGCCGGUGGAAACUGAGAGCGUAAAGCUACGUGCAAACCUUAUUAUUACGUGACACAUUAAAAUUAGUAUAGUCUUCGUUGUACAUGGAUAGAUCUGUGAUGUUAUUGCGGGAAUAAAGGAGAAGGAAAGGAGAGUGGAGGGGAAAAGUUUUCGCGUGCUCCGCAUAGCUAAAAUCAGAAUAAUGAAAUCGAGCGAAAUAAUCGGCAAAAAUUCUAGCGCGGCGAUGACGAAUAUCGCGAAAUUAUAGGCGCGAGCGAACAGAACAGGCGAAUACACACGCGGGGGUG